GGUUCUAGUUUCAUAUUUGCAUCUCAGCUUUUCGCAAAAGGAACAUGUAAAUUACGAAAAAUUUCCCACCGCAUAUUCUUCUUGGAUAAUUUUUUACUCAGCAUUUUUCAACUUUAUAUGGAAAAUACCGCAAUAAUUUUGGCGUUAUUUAAAAAUUUCACCACAUCAGUACCCAUGAUGCGGGUUUUUGCACUGUUUUGGAUCUUGUUGGCUGCAGCGGCAGUGCUCUGUUCAGGGGUUAAAUUUAACCACCAGAAUUUGGAGAACAACGACAUGAACAGGAUUCUAUCCACGAGCCCGGACGCAAAUAAUUUGACAAUGAUAGGCAACGCGACUGUCACUGGGACGUUAUCCACCUGCGUAAAAUUAUCAGAAUCUGUUACUUGUCCAAAUUCUCUGGUUCCAUUCUAUCUCUACACCUCAUUAAACAGAGAGCGCGCAUUGAUCGACACAACAAACGCAAAUUGGUUUGCCAAUAACAAUUUUAACAUUACGAAGAAAACGGUUUUGUUGAUCCACGGGUAUGGAACAGGCGACCAGAGCGGAGGGACACCGAUUCUCAGAACAGCAUACCUAAGAACCGGCGAGUACAACGUGAUCAACGCGGACUUUGCGAUAUUAAUGAAGACCCCAUGCUUCACCGAAUCGGUUUACAACUUGAUGGCGAUGAGCAAAUGCACUGCCCACAUGCUUGCUUUUCUUGAGCGCUCCACUGGGGUCAAGUCUGUGGAUGUCACUUGUGUUGGGCACAGUUUAGGGGCGCACGUUUGCGGCAUCACAGCAAAUUAUUUACCCACCAAGCUCAACAGAAUUAUUGCACUUGAUCCUGCCAAGCCACUUAUCCGGAGAAGAAGUUCUGGUCAGCGUCUGGACGCUUCGGACGCAGUGCAAGUUGAAGUUAUCCACACAAAUGCCGGAUUUUUGGGUCUUCCUGGAUUUGUAGGCACGGUUGACUUUUGUGCCGAUGGAGGUUUCAUUCAAUCCACCUGCAGAUCUAGUCGUAAUCGGAACACUUGCAGUCAUUCUCAGAGCAUUUGCAUUAUGGCCGAGAGCCUUUUUCAAAGCAAAAGACGAACUGCCGUCCCAUGCGAAAAAAGGUGCCCCUAUAGGCGACUGAGUGUCCUUCCAGGAUCAAAUGAAAUUGUAGGAAAUUCCACUUCGAGCUCAGCCUCGGGAAUGUACUGUUUUAAUUUAUCAACGGCGCCCUAUUGCAAUUUGACAGAUCCAAAUUAUGGCGACGCACACUGUUGUGGAUAAUUUAUAAGUUGUUUAGUGCAUGAAAUUAUUUAUUUUCAAAUGAAAUUGAGAUUAAGGAAUCUUAUAAACGGCUUAAAUAGAAAUAUGUUGGAAUAUAAAAUUGAAGAUUUGUAAUAUGU